AUGGAGGAAGUGAAGAGAAAUGGAGGAGAAGAAAGUGGAGAGACCCACUUCCGACCACCACUGGCUCUCUCCAUCACGGACGACACAACCAGAGGAAGUUUUAGGCCAAAAAAAAUGGUUCGUCUUCAUCGACGACGACGAAGAGAAAGAGCUCAGAAGACAAAAAGAUCCCUGGCUUUUAGACAGUUCAGAUGCAGGAGCUUUCUAUUUUCUUCCCCUACUUUCGUCUUACUCUAAUCGUAGUACAACUCGAAGCUUCUUUCCUCCUAGUCAACCACCGACACCGUUCUGGCCAAUGAUUCCGUCGACAGGUCCAUGGAGGACAAUUAUAGGGUUAAAGGGAGAUCUGUCGCCGGCGUUGCGGCGUCUUGGACGGAACCCUUGCCUGCUGAAAUCAUAGGAAGUAGGAGCUGAAUCGACGACGAUAAAAGGACGAAAGGGGUCGAGCCUCGAGGUGAUGAUGAUCAAAGGAAGGGUGGUUGUGGAUCUCUUCAACUGAGUUCAUCAUCGAUGAUGAUAGUAAAGAUCCAGAGCUGACUGUGGAGGGAGCGAGUGUGCUUCACUUCCAUUCACAUGCUGCUCGUUAAUAAUAAUAAUAAUAAUAACAAUAAAUAAGGAUGCCACGUCAGAGAGUCAAAGAGCGGUCAAAGGUUACAUAUUGAAUGCCGAGUAGAGGAAUAAAAUUAUACUUUAAUCCUAAUUUAUAUUUUAGAUAAAAAAAUAGGGAGAAUUACAAUACAGGCUUAAUAUAUCAUGUUAUUGUACUGCAGGGUUAAGGUUUUUUAUUGUAAUUUUUUGAGAGUAAAAGUACAAUUUUACUUUUAUAUGAGUUGA